CCGCGAGCGCUUCAUUGACGGCCCCUGCGGCGCCCCUGCAGGCCCCGCCCCGGCUGCGGAGGCUCGGUCGCCGCCCGCCGCGCUCUUCUCUUCCCGUCUGAGGUGGCGGCCGGCCUCGCCUCCGCGUCAGCUCCAUUUUGCCUCUCCUUUCUGCCUGUCCUCGCGGGCGCCGAGAGCGGCCGGAGCGCCUCCCCGCCUCCCGAGCGUGGCCGCAGAGCCGCUGCGCCUUCGCCGUCCCCGGGCCCUGGGUCCUCGCGCGGCCGCGCCAUGAAUGAGGAGUACGACGUGAUCGUGCUGGGCACCGGCCUGACGGAAUGCAUCCUGUCAGGUAUAAUGUCAGUGAAUGGCAAGAAAGUUCUGCACAUGGAUCAGAACCCGUAUUAUGGAGGAGAGAGUGCCUCUAUAACACCACUGGAAGAUUUAUACAAAAGAUUUAAAUUACCAGGACCACCACCAGCAUCAAUGGGGAGAGGAAGAGACUGGAAUGUUGAUUUGAUUCCCAAAUUCCUUAUGGCUAAUGGUCAGCUGGUUAAGAUGCUGCUUUAUACAGAGGUCACCCGCUAUCUGGAUUUCAAAGUGAUUGAAGGGAGCUUUGUCUAUAAGGGUGGAAAAAUCUACAAGGUUCCUUCUACUGAAGCAGAAGCUCUGGCAUCUAGCUUAAUGGGACUGUUUGAAAAACGCCGCUUCAGGAAAUUUCUAGUGUAUAUUGCCAACUUUGAUGAAAAAGAUACCAGAACUUUUGAGGGCAUUGAUCCCAAGAAGACCACAAUGCGCGAUGUGUAUAAGAAAUUUGACUUGGGCCAAGAUGUUAUAGAUUUUACUGGUCAUGCUCUUGCACUUUACAGAACGGAUGACUACUUAGAUCAACCAUGUUGUGAAACCAUUAAUAGAAUUAAACUUUACAGUGAGUCUUUGGCAAGAUACGGCAAAAGCCCGUACCUUUAUCCACUCUAUGGCCUUGGAGAACUGCCACAGGGAUUUGCAAGGCUAAGUGCUAUUUAUGGAGGUACCUACAUGCUGAAUAAACCAAUUGAGGAAAUCAUUGUGCAGAAUGGAAAAGUGAUCGGUGUAAAAUCUGAGGGAGAGAUUGCUCGCUGUAAGCAGCUCAUCUGUGACCCCAGCUACGUGAAAGACCGGGUGGAGAAGGUGGGCCAGGUGAUCCGAGUCAUCUGCGUCCUCAGCCACCCCAUCAAGAACACCAACGACGCCAACUCCUGCCAGAUCAUCAUUCCACAGAACCAGGUCAAUCGAAAGUCAGAUAUCUACGUCUGCAUGAUCUCCUCCGCGCACAACGUGGCGGCACAGGGGAAGUACAUCGCCAUCGUCAGCACAACCGUGGAAACCAAGGAGCCCGAGAAAGAAAUCAGACCAGCGCUGGAGCUCUUAGAACCAAUCGAACAGAAAUUUGUUAGCAUCAGUGACCUCCUUGUACCAAAAGAUCUGGGAACAGAGAGCCAGAUCUUUAUUUCCCGCACAUAUGAUGCUACAACUCACUUUGAGACGACCUGUGAUGACAUUAAAAACAUCUAUAAGAGGAUGACAGGAUCAGAGUUUGACUUUGAGGAAAUGAAGCGCAAGAAAAACGACAUCUAUGGGGAAGACUAACAGCAGUACAUGCCGUUACCUAAUUAGGACAGAUGUACAAUUUGGCAAAUAAUGCAUUGUAUGAAAUCACUAUUGUAAGGCCUGCUUUUGUAAUCAAAACAGAGAGGUUGAAGAGCACUGUGCCGGUGAACAUUCCUCCCCUCGUCUUUCUAAUAUCAUGUAUUAACUUUCGUUUCCAUGGAGUGGCUACUCAGAAUUGGCCGGUCACCACAUUCUGUUCUAUUUAACCAAACUGGCUUUUUUUCUAGUGAAGGAUCAGUUUUAAACGAACAUUGUGAUACUGAUACAGAGAAUUUGAGACAGUAUUUGUAUCUUUUAAUCAGUGUAGGCUUUGCAGUUAUGUGCUGCUGCUCUCGAGAGCUGGGCCCGUACGAUUCGUGUGCCGUCUGUCCUCGCGACAUUAAGGAGAUCCUGAAUUGAGUAUUCCACGGCUCGAGAUGGUGUCCAUGAGUUUUCCCUAAAACUUGACAUUUUGUAUUAUGUCAGGUAUAUGGCAGGGCCCUGAAUAGCACAGCCACAAGUUUGGAUACAUGGACAUAAAAUCUUACCCAAACUCCAGACUUGGGGAGUGCAUUAGAGGAAGCCAGUAUGUGGUGUUUUAACCUAAUAAAAUUGAUGCGAGAACGGGGAGGAACCCAUCGUAAAGCAGGCGAAACGCAGGUGCGUCUUCUGUGUCCCGGCCUUGGCUUCUCGGAGGACCAGGCUGCGAUGCAGUGUUGACUUGACGGGGCCCCUGCUGUGGGCUCCACAUGAUCUCUGUACUGCACAAUAAAGCCGGAUGCUGGAAACCA